GUAAAUCGCAGCGAUGGCGUCAAACGUAAUGAUAAGUGUGACAUUUCUAUUGAUUACGGUUCUGACUGCUGACUGCACGCCAUCUCCUCCACUGAAUGCUGCAGGGAACUUUGUCCAGUGUUUUGCUUCCACUGAUUGUUCUGGUAGUCCGUCAUCUAUCACUGCCACUGCCAAACAGUGUUGUAUUGGUAGUGAUGAUUCCUUGUCUUACAUGACUCCUGAUGGCUGUAACAGGUGUAUUGUUCAUGGUUUUAGGAAGGCAAAAUUCGAUAUUACUGAAGGACAGGAUGGAAAUAUUGAGUUUCUCAAGAAUGUGAAGGGACAAUCACGUUAUAGGAGACUAGGACUGCCUCUCUUAGGAAAUAUCACGUCCACAGCAGUAACUGCAGGGGCCAGUGACUUCAGUGACAUUGGGGUGAUAGAAACUGACAACGAAGGACAGGCAGUCUUUGCUAUAACUGCCAAUGAUGACGACACAGUAUUAGAGAGCAUUGAAUCUGUGAGACUGAGGUUUACAGCAUUCUAUACCCAAUUCACGGAAGAGCUAGAGAGUGUUGGAGAAUACAUUAGAGACAUGGCAUAUGUACACAUUACUGACAAUGAUGGUGACCCUUGUUUUAUUGGGUUCACUCUGGGGCAGUACACUGUCAGUGAAGGUGCUGGUUCUGUUAGUGUUUGCGUCAACCUAACAUGUCCUGCUAACAAGACCAACUCCAUCAGAAUGGAGGUGUACUCUGAUGAUACUGUUGCUGUCCCUCGCCCACUGGCAAAUGGUAACUUUCCCAGCAUUGAAUGUGAGUAUACAGCGGAGGACUUUGACGAUUAUGAGCAACAAAUUCGUGGCUGUAACAAAAUGCAGUCGGUGACUAUAGAAGAAGGAGAGACAUUGUGUUAUGACCAGAUAAUCUAUGAUGAUGCACGUGUGGAGCCAACAGAGUAUACUGGCCUCACACUUCUUAUUAAAGAUGCUACAGCUGCCACCGUUAUUGAAAGAGGACACACUGUCAUACGGAUUGAGGAUGAUGAUUCUGGUGUAGUCGGUCUAGAAAGUGGAUAUUUCUUUUCGGAAUUAGCUGGGUCAUUUCAAAUGUGUGCUACAUGGCGAUCACCCACAAGUACAAGAUGCCCCUUUGAACAUUCUUUUAGUGUUCCACUGUCUAUAACAGAUAACAGUGCUGAUAUUGGAUCUCUGUUAGAUCCCUUGUCAUUGAUUUUUGAAGAUUGCCAACAGAGAUCAUGCGUAGACAUACUUAUCCAUAAUGAUCACACACUAGAGGAUCUUGUUGAGGUGUUCACAGUUAGUUUGGAAGCAGUACCAGAUCUGAGUGACAGGAUUAUCCUGAAUCCCGCAGAGUCCAGAGUUUUAAUCAUUGAUGAUGAUGCGCUUCACAUUGGUAUUGAGGAUUUUAGCAUCAGUGAACGUAAUUCAUCUGUUGAGGUGUGUGCUCGGUUGAGUUCUGAUCCUGAAACAUGCCGCGUUGAUUUCGAGUUCAACGUUGUUUUCUCUACUCAGGAUGUAACUGCAACAUCAGGUCAUGAUUAUGAGUCAAUAUCUACCACUGUAAGAGCAAUGCCUUGUCAGCCAGUCAUCUGCACAGAAGUUACAAUCAUUGAUGAUGACACGGUAGAGUUGCUGGAGAAGACUUUCACUGUUCGACUGGAAAGAACUCCUGGUCUUGACUACAGGAUCUCACUUGAAGAUACACCUGCAACCAUCACCAUCACUGAUGAUGAUGUUACUAGGUUUGGUCUGAGGGAAACUGAUCUUGAAGUUUAUGACAAUGAGACAGAGAUUGAAGUGUGUGUUGAGGCAAAGCCACCCUACAACAGUGCAGUUUGUCCGGUGGGAUUUCAAUUCAAUUUGAAAGUUUCCGUUCAAGGUGAAAAUGAUGGAACUGGUGAUGACUACAUUACCAUGACAGUUGAACAAUGUGCCAUCCAAAAGUGUGUUCUGGUUCCUGUGAAUAUCUCUGCCGUCAAUCAACUCAGUAUCAACCUGGAACCUCCAGCCAAUCACGAUAACAGAAUUGAGCUGGUUGAUGUGAAGCACAAUAUAACUAUUUCGUCUACUUUCGUGGCAACAGUUGAAUUUGAGAGACGAUCAUUGACUGUACAAGAGGAGGAUGGUAGAGCUGAAGUGUGUGUGUUAGUUACAGCUCAUGGGCAUCAUUCAGAGUUACUCAUCCCCGUCAACCUCUCAACUUCAGAUGUCACAGCAGUGGCAGGCCAGGACUACAGGUCACUACAGUCAAUCCUCAGAUUGGACCCUUGUGAAGAGAAAGCCUGUUUUGAUGUGGCCAUUAUUAAUGAUGUGAGGGUAGAAGAUAUGGAACAGUUUACUCUUAGUCUAGUCUAUGAUUUUGGAAGUGGUGGUGAUGUAAAAGAAGACAAGGUUGAUAUCUGGAUCAACGAUACUGAUGAGGCCUUGGUGCAGUUGGAAAGGGAGCACUACAUUUUAACAGAAGGAGAAGAAAGUGAAAUAUGUGCAAUUUCAUCGGUUUCUGUGGAAACAGAGAUUUGCAUCGGAUUUAAAAUCUUUAAAAUUAUAGAACUAAAAAUCGGUAUUAAAAGAAAAAGUUGUCGGAUAUUCCUUGUUGAAGAUAACAAUAUCCUUGAGAAUCCCUAUACAAGACCUAUAACACUGCAAAGCAAUGAUAGUAGGAUAUCUAUAAUUGGGAAUGGAUCGAUCACUAUCAGAGACAAUCCCAGUUUUGAAGCUACUGUGGGAUUGGACAAUAUGACAUAUACAGUGAAAGAGGAUAAUCUGCAACUUAAUGUCUGUGUUGUGGUGUUUUCUCCGACCACUGCCUGCCCUAUUGCCUUCCCCUUUGAGCUAAUAUUUGCUGCAAAUCCGGGCACUGCAUUCCAAGGACGUGAUUAUACACUCAAUGACAGGGCUGUGAAUUUUAGUGCAUGCAGUAAGAAGGAAUGUCUGACAGUAGACAUCAUUGAUGACGACCUCAUUGAAGACACUGAAACCUUUACCAUCACUCUACAACCACCAAGUCAAGACUUCGCUGAGCGCAUCAUACUCAGUCCUAAUGUGACUACUGUUACCAUUGAAGAUGAAGAUAUGGCAAUUGUCACUUUUGACAGACCUGAGUACAUUGUCCAGGAAACAAGUAGCAGUCUAACAGUCUGUGCAAGAGUGAUUAGCCCUCGUGUGUCUUGUCCAGUCACCAUUCCCUUCUCCCUGACCUUACUCAUUUCUGAUAACACUGCCUUAAAUGGCUCGGAUUAUGUGGCUUGCAGAGUGCAAACAAUAGAGUUUGCCCGUUGCAGGAGAAGUGCGUGUGCUCCCCAUCGUAUUUCCUUUGUCAACGAUCCCUAUAAUGUGCAAGUGGAGAAUAUGGAAUUUUUUACCCUCUCCCUCCUUAGUGAUGUUCCUCUGGUCAAACCUGAUCCCAGCACUGUUGUUGUCACAAUCCGCGAUGAUUCAGAAAGGGCUUAUAUCCGACUGGAGAAAACAACAUUUACUGUAACAGAAGGAGUGAAUGAGACUGUGAGAAUAUGUGCAGAGAUUUACGACCCCACACCAGACCGGAGCUCCUGUCCAGUUGUCUUUGACUUUGAAAUAAAUCUAUCAGUUGAUGGGGAGGACUUCCCAAUGGCAUUUAGGAGGUGUUCUUUCAACGCAUGUGUGUCCGUUCCAAUUGACGAUGAUGAACAACUUGAGCUGACAAAAAGAUAUACAUAUCGACCGGAGAGAACAGAUGACCUUGACAGAAGGAUCAUCGUCAAUACUGCAUCAGGAACACUCACAGUGAUUGAUGACCCCACAGAUGAGGCGGUAUUAAAGCUGGACAAAACAGCAUACAGUGUCCAAGAGGAGAAUACAACUGUCACUGUCUGUGUUGAAGUUUGCAGACCAGCUAUAGAUACUCCAAUUGAUUUCUCCUUCUCUGUUCUACUCAACACACUUGACAGCACUGCUGUCAGCAUAUCCCGGGGAAAUGUUAGAGCUGAUUUCAGUGCUUCACGAAGAAGAUCACUCUCUUUUUCUGUUCGUGAGACGAGAGAGUGUUACAACAUACACAUCACCAAUGACGACACCCAAGAAGACACAGAGACGUUUACUGUCACUGUCAAUAGGACCUCUAGUCUGGACCCCAGGAUAAGCUUAGAAGAUAAUGUGGCAGUGGUUUCCAUCGUUGAUGCUGACAAUCAAGAGGACUAUGUAUCCCAAGACGCGACCGGUGAUCUAAUAAUUGAAGCAUGUCACCGAAGGCAGUGUUUCUCUGUUGGUAUUGUGGACACCAGAAAGGUGGAGGAAGAGGAGAAUUUUUACAGCAGUCUCAUGAGGACUGAGCAGCUUGAUCCUCACAUCAAAAUAGGCUCCCGGACCAAGACAAAUGUUACCAUCAGAGACGAUGAUACGGCUAGGUUUGGUCUGACUCGAGCUCAGUACAGGGUAGAGGAAGGCCAAACACUAACAGAGACAGUGUGUGUGGGGUUGUUAGAAGAAAGUGGAGAAUGUGUUGUGCCGUUCAUUAUCAAUGUUAUAUUCAACAGCAGGGAUGGCUCAGCUGAUUCACCUGAAGACUAUGAAGCUCUGAGUGCGGUUAUGGCACAUGUCCCUCCCUGUACCUCUCAAAUCUGUGUCAACAUCGAAACUGUUAAUGAUGAGCUAGUAGAAGGGGAUGAAAACUUGUAUGUGUCAAUCACCAGAGGCAUCGAAUGGGAUUCCAGAAUUAGUUUAACUCAGACACGUUCCGAGGUUGUCAUCGAGGAUAAUGACUCUGCCAGAGUCACCAUCCAAAACUCAAACUACAGAGUUAGCGAAGCCGAUAGACGAGUGACAAUCUGUGCUCAAGUGCGAAGUCCUUUCCCAGUCAGUGCAGACUGUGAACUAGACUUUCCCAUCAGAGUCAGAUUGGUUCCAAUUGCUGGAUGUGCAGGACCUUCAGAUUAUGGAUCAUCAAUAACACUGAACUUCGCAAGAUGCGAUAUGGAAGCCUGUGGAACAAUAAGGAUUAAUGAUGACUCCAUCAUGGAGAAGGCAGAGGAAGAGUUUACUGUCUCUCUGCAAAGUGCAAAUACUGACACCAGAGUUAGAGUCAGUGCUAGGGCCAGCACUGUCAAGAUCACAGAUGAUGAUGAUGUGACCAUUGGUUUGCAGUUUAGUGCAUACACUGUGAGAGAGUCAAGUGGUAGGGUACGGGUGUGUGCCCUGAUGAGUGGAACAAGUGACAUCAACAGCACAGUCCUUCUAGCCACGGUCUCCGGCACUGCAGGCACUGGCACACCGUCAGAUUUUGACAGCGAGUCUCAUAGUGUGACAUUCGAGCCAAUAAGUUACCGACAAUGUGUCUAUUUCAACAUCACGGAUGACAAUAUUGUAGAAGAGAGGGAGUACUUCAAUGUCACUUUGGGAAGGACUGCAGACCUGGACGAUAGAGUUCAGCUUGGACGAAUAUCUACAACUAUUUUUAUCAACGAUAACGACAAUGCAAGAGUGAGACUGGAUCCACUAGUUGCGGAGAAUACUGAGGGGAGAUCUGUCGAACUCUGUGCUGUUGUGGAGUCUGCCAGCACAGGCUGUCGCGUUGAAUAUGAUUUCAACAUAACUCUUUAUAUCAGAGGAACUGCAGAUAAGGGGGAAGACUAUUCUGGUCUGGAGUCAUACCUAACAAUACCUAAAUGCAGAAACAGGCAGUGUAUGGCGAUACAAAUCACAGAGGACCUGGUUGUGGAAAUGAAUGAGACCAUUUUAGUUAGGAUUUCUCAGAGUGUGAACUCUGUCAGCUAUGACAGAAGUACAGCGACCAUCACCAUCUAUGACAAUGACAAUGCGAUGGUGCGCCUCAGGUCUCUCUACCAGAUAGUACGGGAGAAUGUUGGUAGAGCAAGUGUUUGUGCUGUCGUCAGUGGACAUCCAGUUAAAUCUAUUGCCUUCCCCUUUUAUAUACGGUUCACAUUUAUCCCCGACAGCGCAACUUAUCCUGAAGACUUUAGAACGACACAGGUAGAUGUGAGAUAUGACCCUGUCCGGAACAAGGCGUGUGCUCAGCUGGUAGUGGUAGACUUUCCUGGAGUGGAGUUGCCAGAGUCGCUCUAUGUGGAGAUUGCACUAAAGGACGAUCAUUCAGCCAUUCAGAUCAGCAACACUCAGAAAUAUGGAAUCAUUGAGAUUAUGGAUGACGACGUUGCUGGAGUAGGUCUGGAGAGGACUGUCUACACUAUGAGCUCUACUGCUGAAACAGUGGAAGUGUGUCUCUAUGUAUCAAGGCCAGCAAUAAGUUGCCCCAUCACUUUCCCCUUCGACAUCUUCUUCAAUUUAACAACCAGUGCAGAUGUGUUUCAUGUUGAUACAAACCAAGAGCUC